AGCUGUGAUAGAGUAUCUGGUGACCCCAUUUUGAAUGGUUCUAGCUUGUGAAGUUUUCCAAAAUAGGACUUUUGUAAUUAAAUUUUAGAAACCUGAUAGUUACUUAUUUGCAGUGGACGAGCAUACAAAAUACGCAUAUAAGUUUAUGUAUCAUCAUAAAUUUUAUAUUUGCUAAUUGGGUGUAUGUAAGAUUUCAACACUUUAAACUAGAUAUUUCCUUAAAUGGGGUAUGACAUCUACUUUUUGAGAUAAAUGUUUCUAUGUGUAGUUGUGUUGGAGAUGAAAGCUUCAGUCUUCUCAGUGAUACAUUUUUUUAUUGAAAAAGAAAAUCAAGAGGCAGAAGUUCAGAACACGUUAGGGAUUGAACAUUGUUAAUUCUGUACUUAUUAAAGAUAGAUAAAUUGCUUUUCUUAAUUUAUAUUCCACGCUUGUAAUUAUGUUUCUUUCAAAGGAUUAUAUAUCAAAAUGUAUUUUUUUCCUAGAAAAAAAGUGCUUCAGGGUUAGAUAUCCAAGAGGAAAAUCUGAAUUAAACAGAAUAAUUAAAUCUGAAUUAAGCUAUGUAUGUGAUACAAAAACAUGAAAAACAUGAAAAAUCAUACCAUUUUUUCAUGAGAAGUGUGUUUCGUGUCAUGUGUACAGUCAUUGAAAUUUGUAUAUCUAGAUGAUAUAAGUGAUAAUAGCUUUAAUUUCCAAGAAACAUGUAAUUAGCAGAUGGUUUUAAACUCACUGAUAUUUGGUUAUCAUCCUGCUAUAUAUAAAAUGACAGUUUGCAGAUAGACUCAUGUUAUAUCAUUUGAGAAAAAAACUGAUUUGCCCAAAGUUCAAAAACAGAAUUAUUUGACAUUUUAAGAUUUUAUUUGGGAAGUGGGUGGAGGCAGAGUAAACCAUGUGCUUUGCCACAUGUCCUAAGGUUUCCCCAGGUAUACUCUUUAAAUGAACAAUUUACAUUAGUAAGGACUUUUUCCUUUGAAGAGAAAGGGUUGAAUUUUGAGAGUUUAUGACUUUCACCCCUUAGUCUUUAUAUCCAGCAGCUCACCAAUCAUGAAUACUGAAGAUCUCUCUUUUUCUUCUCUCUAUUCUUUCCUUAAAUCAAAAACUUAUUUUUGCUUUUAAGAAUGACAUGCAAUUAAGAGGUUAUAUUCAGUCUCAUUUCUUUCUUUGAAUUAUCUUUGGAGAACUUUUUUUUUUUUUCAAAAACAAACACAAAAUUACAUCAUAAAUCUUCAACUAUCACAGAAAUUUAUUUUAAAAAAAAAGAACCAAACAUUUCUACUAAAGAAAUCCACAUGCCAGUGAGAAGAAGGAUUACAGUCAAUUCAAAGCAGGAACGUUCAUUUCAUUCAAUGCCAGAUGUCAUUUGCAGAUCCAUUCUUAAUUACGCAAAAAAAACCCCUAUAACACAGGAGAAGGAUAAAUACCACAUGAAAUGGAAAGAAAAAAAAUACAACAGAUGACAAAACCACGUCUUUUACAGAUGGAAUGAAAUCGUGGAGAGUCCGUAAGAACUUGUUACAUGACGGGAAAUCCGGAAAGAACCGUGGGUGAGCCAGAUGAAGAAUCUGUGAUGCAAUCAGAUGAGCCAGAAUCAAGAAGAGUGUCAUGAAAAAACCACUAGCCGUUCCAGAACACACCAUCUUGUCAGCAUAGAGAGAAUGUUAAAAAAAUCUAAGGAUUCCACGUCUGGGAAAUGUGGAGUUAAGCAAAUGCACAUGGGUUCCUUGGGCUCGAGUCUUCUCAGAGCUUCUACUGUGGCGUGGAUCUCUAAGUGGCCCAGGUAUUCUUGAAGCCUGUGAUUGAAGACAUGCGCAUGGAAUUGGCCAGAAAAUGCACCAGACUGAUUAGCGAUAUCCAUUAUAAAGAAGAGUAUAAAAAGUCUAAAGACAAGUGUACCUUUAUAACAGACACUCCUAUGCUAACCCACGUGAAAAACAUCGGUGCUUUUAUUUCCGAGGCGAAAUACAAAGGCACCAUGAAGAGAGACCUUUCCAACUCACUGUAUAAGCGGAUGCCAGCGACGAUCGACAGCGUCUUCGCCAGAGAAGUCACACAGCUUCAGAGUGAGGUUGCCUACAAGCAGAAACACGGAGCCGCCAGAGGCCUCUCGGAUUAUGCCCACAUGAGGGAGCCGCCCGAGGUCAGGCACGCCCUGGACGUCAGCAAGCACCAGAGUGACGUUUCUUACAGGAAAGGCACGUGGGGCACCCACACUUACAGCGCGGAGCUCGGCAGACCCGACAUCAGGAAGGCCACCCAGGUCUCCAAGGCCAUCAGCAAUGCUGAAUAUAAGAAAGGACAAGGAGAAAUGAAUAAAGAACCCACUGUGAUUGGACGACCAGAUUUUGAGCAUGCUGUGGAAGCUUCUAGACUUUCCAGUCAAAUUAAAUACAAAGAAAAAUUUGAUAAUGAAAUGAAGGACAAGAAACAUCAUUACAAUCCCCUUGAGAGUGCUUCUUUUCGGCAAAGUCAGUUCGCCACCACACUAGCGAGUGAUGUGAAGUACAAGAAAGACAUUGAAAACACGCAUGAUCCGGUUUCAGGCCUCCCGAAUCUGUUGUUUUUAGACCAUGCUUUGAAAACCAGCAGGAUGCUGAGCGGCCGAGAAUAUAAAAAGGUUUUCGAGGAAAACAAAGGAACGUAUCAUUUUGACAUGGACGCUACAGAACACGUGCACCAUAAAGGCAACGCUGCGCUCCUGAGCCAGGUUAAAUACAAAGAAGAAUAUGAGAAAAAUAAGGGAAAGUUGAUGCUUGAAUUUGUUGAGACACCAUCAUAUCAAGCUUCCAAGGAGGCCCAAAAGAUGCAGAGUGAGAAAAUUUACAGAGAGGAUUUCGAGAAGGAGCUUAAAGGAAGGCCAUCACUGGAUUUAGACAAGACUCCAGAAUUUUUGCACGUGAAGUAUAUCACCAACCUUCUGAAAGAGAAGGAAUAUAAAAAAGAUUUGGAAAAUGAGAUAAAAGGGAAAGGAAUGGAACUAAAUUCUGAAGUUCUUGAUAUUCAAAGAGCGAAACGAGCAUCUGAAAUGGCUAGUGAGAAGGAUUAUAAGAGAGAUCUGGAGACUGAAAUUAGGGGGAAAGGAAUGCUGGUGGCUGUGGACACUCCUGAUAUCCAGAGAGCUAAGAAAGCUUCUGAAAUGGCCAGCCAGAAAGAAUAUAAGAAAGACUUAGAAAACGAAAUCAAAGGGAAAGGAAUGCAAGUGGGCAUGGAUGUUCCUGAAAUGCUUCGAGCCAAGAGAGCUUCUGAAAUCUCUAGCCAGAAAAAAUAUAAGGAUGAAGCAGAGAAGAUGCUUUCCAACUAUUCCACUGUGGCUGAUACUCCUGAAAUUCAGAGAAUUAAGGCAACUCAGCAAAACAUUAGCACAGUGUUUUAUAAGAAAGAACUGGGAGCUGGCACCGCAGUAAAAGACACUCUAGAGAUCGAACGGGUGAAGAGAAAUCAGCAGAAUAUCAGUUCAGUGAAAUACAAAGACGAAAUGAAACAGGCAACAGCCAUUUCGGAUCCUCCAGAGCUAAAGAGAGUGAAGGAAAACCAGAAGGCUGUCAGCAAUCUGCAGUACAAGGAGCCACGCAGCACGGCGACGCCAGUCAGCUCGACACCCGAGAUGGAGACAGCCAGGAGGAGCCAGCUGCAGCUGAGCGCGGUCAGAUACAAAGGCAAGAUGACUCCGGCCACCGUGAUCUGUGACCCGCCGGAGCUCAGGAGAGUGCGGGAGAACCAGCGGCACCUCAGCGAUGUUUAUUAUAAAAGUCAGCUGGGCAGAGCUACUGCUUUAAGUGUAACUCCUGAAAUGGAAAGAGUAAAGAAGAAUCAAGAAAAUAUCAGCUCGGUGAAAUACACCCAGGACCAUCAGCGGAUGAAGGGUAGAGCGAGCCUGAUGGUGGACACUCCUGGCCUGCGGUGUGCCAAGGAGGCGCAGAACCAUGUUUCCAUGGUGAAAUAUCACGAAGAUUUUGAAAAGACCAAGGGAAGGGGCUUCACGCCCAUGAUGGAGGACCCCAUGGCCGAGCGCAUGAGGAGGGACACCCAGGCCCUUGGCGACGCCCACAGAGGUGUGCACCCCCACAUCGUGGAGAUGGACCGGAGACCUGGCAUCGUCGUGGCCCCUGUCCUCCCGGGAGCCUACCAGCAGAGCCACUCCCCAGGCUACGGGUACAUGCACCCCGCCAGCAUGGUGUCCAUGAGGCCGAUGCAGCACUCACCAAAUCUACGGACGUACCGAGCCAUGUACGACUACAGCGCCCAGGACGAAGACGAGGUCUCCUUCCGGGAUGGCGACUACAUCGUCAAUGUGCAGCCCAUCGACGACGGCUGGAUGUACGGCACGGUGCAGAGGACGGGCAAGUCCGGCAUGCUCCCGGCCAACUACAUCGAGUCCGUGAACUAGCCCCGUCGGCGCCACCCUGCACGCUCCGAGCCCAGUGUUUUUAAGGAUGGAGGGUGCUUUGGGGCGGUUCGGUAGUUGAUCGUGGCUAUCUCUGCUUGCUUUGCGAUUAGAUGGGAGGAGGGGUGGCAUUUCCAGUGAUUGGCGGCAUUUCCAGUGAUUCCCAUAAACAGAAGAGCUACACCGGGCGCUGCUGGCCGAGCUAACGUUCCCUCCGGCUGCUCAGCCCUUCUGGGAGGUGUGUUUUUGUAAACUUUAAUAGAGAUGCUGAUGGUCCCUUAAAGUAAAUGAAACUUCUUAGCUGUCACUUUUGGAAUCACUGGAACCCAAUGCCUUUAAUUCAGUAACGCAGCCAAUAAUCUUAUAAUGGUGUUGCUUUGGAGGCACCGGGCAAUUUCCAGUUCAAGGGAAAAUUGCCAGGGAGUAACAAACACAAGCAGUAGCAGAGUGAAGGUCUGGUGAAUUUGACGUUUUUGACUGGUGGCCUUAGGGACCGAGAAACCUCUAUUCAACAAAGAAACGUCCUAGUUCUCCAGGCUCACUUGGGUCAAGUUCUCUCUUAUUUGUACCAGGCAAAUCCUACUCUCCCUUCACAUGCUGUGAACCCCAGGCUCUCCUUGGUUCCACAGACGGUCAGGACCAAAUGACUUCACAGCCACUCUGCAAAGGGCACACGUUAACAUCAUGUCUUUAUUUCCCGGGAAGCUUUACCCUGUUGCAUGUCAUGUGGGGUCCACCUUCUGUGACAUAACUAGCUGCACAGCCCAUUCCUGCUGGUAAAGCAAAACGUGUAGCCGAUAUCUAAAACCCUUCCCUCUAGUUGGCUGCUCAUCAGAAAAAAACUAUUUCGAAAAGUUGCUCCUGCUGCAUCAUACUCUAGUUUUGAAGGAGUUACACCUUAGGAUAUAGAUAUUUAUCAUGUCAGUGAUUUAGGUAUUUAUCAAGCAGCUUUCAUUAAAUUAAUUCCACUGUUGCUUUAAAAGUAAAGAAAACUUAGCAGGAGCCAGUGGAAAAAAAUGGAAUAGGACGUAUGCUGGAAAAGAACAGCAAACAAAAAGUUACAAACUCCACACAGAGAAAAGUGACCCGGUUUCUGAUUUGGGGAAAUAGCCUGCAGAUUUUUGGAGUGGAAAUCCAGCCAGUGAAAUCGGUUAAUCAAAAGAGUUCCUUUCCACACUCUGGGUUUUAUUUUCUAAAUCAAAUUCAGGGAGUGGGGCUGGAGCUUCAUUGGAGAUCUCCAGUGCAGGCCCAGGAGGUGGCUCACGAGGAAGGAAACUGUUGUCAAGUUGAUUUUCAGACAAGUGACCUUGCAGGACCCCGCGGACCCUCGGCUGUGAGCACAGCCCCCGUGGGCAAGGCUGGCGGGCACUGGCAGCCGCGGGCCCCUCGGCGUUUUUCUGAUCGUGCAGUUUCCUGCAGGGUCCGACUCUAGUUGUGAUGCCGCUGGAAAAGGAUGGUUACAAAGCUGUAGGAAGAUGCCUGGGUCCUGGGGAUGCUGCGUUACGUGAGACACUCAAGGAACCAUAAAGAACACUGUAUAAAUUAUCUCUCAUUGAAAUGUUUAUUAGGCCAAAAGGCAAAAGUUUAUUGAUUUAGAGACACCUUUGAGGAGUUACCUUAUACUUUUGAAAAACUGUAGAUUCAUUUUAUUAGCCUAAAAGAGCAAAUAAGCUUUAUUACAUUCAUGCUGUAUCUGACACUGGCAUACAAAUCAAAGGGAGAAUGAUUCACUCAAAUAAAUAGGGAUUUUUUUUGAGGGGGUUUUACAGGUUACCAAAUGACCAGCUUGACUGAUGUUUUAACACUGAAAUCACCAGUCACAAGUAAAUGAUCAAACCCCCUAUCUGUUUUGAUGUCUUGUACACAAAUCUUUAAAGACAACCUGAGCUUGCAAUAUCCUUGGAAAACCUGUGCAUUAAAUCUGUGCACUGAAACUGAGGACCAUAAGCUUGUUCAAUUUUUAUUAUAUCGUUAAGCAAAUAUUUACAUUUCACCCAGACAGAUCAUUUUGUUCUUGUUGUUAUAAAGAAGAGUAGUUGAUUAAAUUUUCAGACAAAACAUAAGCCAGGAACAAUUUUUGAUAAAUAGCACAUUUAUAGGAAGCUCAGAGGAAAUGUACUUAAAAUGAUGAUUAUAAUCAGGAAAAUGGCCCUGAAGUAGCAGUGUGAUGUUUCAUAUUUUUUUUUCUCAUCCUCUGAUUUCAAAAUCAGAUUCAUUGAAUGUAAAAAUAAAUACGUAUUUGGGGAAUAAUUCUCUUAAUAUUUUGAGCUUCACAUAAUAUAUGCACAGCAGGAUGUCUCUGUUGCCAGCCUCUAGGAAUUAAGAUCUGAUCAGAAUUUGACUAGAGGGCUGAGUCCGGGAGGCUGCCACAUGCUGUAGCGGUUAUAAUUCAACUGAGUGUCAACUUUGUUACUAAAAUUUAAGCAUCACAGCAGAAAUAUUGGAGAUAUACAUGUAAAAUACCAGAGUGCUAUUUUUAUAGCAUCUCGUUUAAAAAUGACAGUCUGAAACACCCUUUCCACUUUCCACAUGCCGCUUCUGCAUACAAAAUACCGAUGGCUAAAGAAGAGCUUAGAAACAAGUCUUUAAAAAGGUCAGGUAAAGACGGAGACACAAGGGCCCAUGACAGAGCCUGCACCUGCUUUCCCACAUCACGUGUGCUCUCGAGCCCAGUAAAGCACAAGGAGCAGUUUGAUGCACUUUUAGGAGGCGGCAAAAACAAAACGGCGUGUAAAUCAUCUUUCUUGAGAAAAGUAUAGUGAUAGAAUAUUGCUUGUGCUGUAAGUUUUUAUAGAAGUUUUUACUGAUUCUCAUUCUCUAGGAAAGCCUUUUAUUUCUAACCUGUGGCAAAAUGAGUUUGUCCUGCCUUCUUGGUCUUGUUUACAUAGAGCAGUGCAGCCCAGUUUGAAAUCUGUUUUCAGAGCUCGCCGGAGACCCUGCACCCUUGGUGGCCUCCCAGGCUUUGACAGACCGUGCAGAAAUCUGCAAGCACAAUUUCCGCAAGCGUGAAUAUGGGUGAGACCAGCCCAGCCCCUCUCUUGCCACUAGUUGCACUGAAAUGCCUGCUAGAACACGAUAACGAUGCCGUUUUGCCAGUUUUUCUGGUCUUUCUGCCCUUGUUCUCUCCCCCGUGAGCUUUAUGACAUUCUGGGGUUUGGGAAGAAGAAUUUUCUAAAAGCUGGUAGAAAUCCAAGGCCACACCUUGUUUUCAGGCUCAUCCAUCUCCAGUGGAAUAUUUUUAAUGAAAAGAUGAAAGAAAAUGUGUGUGAUUCUUUAAUAACACACCCCUCUAUAAAGUAGAUAUAAUUUAUACCAAAAUUGUAAUACAGAUGUACAAAAAAUAGGUGCCUUUUUGAUUACCCUUGUAUAUCCAUUAUGGCCUUGGAACGAAAACCAAGCAAGCGAGCUUCUGCCUAGUGUAUAGUGAUAUUUUAUUAUACAUAAUUAGUAUUUUUGUGGUAGGGAAGUGGGAUGCUCCUGACUUAGUAAAGGUGGCAGCUGAUUAUAUUUUACCUCUAAAGGUUUAGAACGUUAGAAAAAGCUGACUUUUUCCAUCUAUUUCUGAAAGUCUCUUUGUGGAUUUAUAUAGAGUUGAGAUAUAGACACAUUAACUUUAGGUUUGGGAUUUAAAACACCUAUUGUUAGAUAGAUAGAAAAAUUGUUAUGAGGCUGAAUUUGCUACACAAGAUGAAAUUUACUUCAUAAGCUCAUCGCACCUUAGCUAUUUGCUUCUGACAAUCUGAAAGUGGCUGGAUUGUGGUUCUUUUGGGUAAUGUGACACGAAGGUGAGAGAACUUUAGUUAAGUAAGAAGCCGUGUGAACCAAGUUGAGGAUGCUAAAAGGACCGUCUCCUUUGGAAGGGUUCCAUGCUCUGUAGGAGCCCCUCCAGGCAGCUCCGUCAACUGUCGGUGGUUGAGGAUGUGAGGCCUUUGUAUGAGGCUUCUAGCCACUGCAGGAUGCUUGGACCCCAAAACCCUAAGCCUGGAAGAUCUCCAGGGCAAGUUUCCUCCCCAGCUGUCUACACUACUUCAGUAUGUUUGUUGGGAUUCCAUAGGCUUUUUGUGCGUGAUGUAUGGUCUCUGGUUUGCAUCGUGUAUACUUCCUUGUAACCCAGUUGCUGUCAAGAACAAUUUACCCACUUGGUGUCCAUACAACAAAUGGCUGAGUGUUUAGAAACGAGUGUGUUACUGGGCCGAUCUGGAGCUGUUGGUCUUUGACCUGUGAUAAAAAUGCAAAAUUAUAUCAUUGUGCAGUUUGGCUUCUAUUUUCUUCAAAAUUGGUAGAAUCACGGUUUAUGGUUAUUUUGCAAACUUACGAACUUCAAGAGCAUACAGUUUUGAAGGAAACAAUGUUCGUUUCAUACGAAGGGGCUCACAGAAUGAUACUAUGUUACCGGCAUAAUUUGGCUUUUGUUAUGCAAAUUAAAUUGUUAACACCAGCUAUUAAAAUAUAUUUUAGUAGAAAUGCUUUAAUUCAUGUCUUUUCCUCUACACUGUGAAUCUCUGAGCCUUGGUGGACUGGAGUGACCUCGUGCUGCCCAAAGGACUAACCUAUGCAAACUAGCUCACGUUCCCAGUGGCCAUUGCGGUGGACGUGGCCAGGCGGGUGUCCCCGGCCCCGCAACAUUGGCAUCGGAACCCCAUGCAGAGCCCGGUGCCCUGGCUGUGGAGCACUGUCCCUCGCUGACCCUUCAAGGCUGCCAGCACCAGUGGCACGAGCACGUUUAAAAGCCAGUCGCUGGUUUGUCUCUUAAAACCACGUGAACAAUGUCAAAGGAAGAUGGCAGGUGGGUGUCAGCCACGGCUCCAACGUGUCCUGGCAGCUGGGGUGGGGGCACGUCCUCAGAGGCACCCCCUGCAGGUGAUACUGUUCUCUGUCUUCUUUCUGUAUUUGUAAAACAUGGCGAACGCAUCCAUUUCCUAUCUCUCUACAUUUGGUUUGCUUAAAUAAAUGCAGGAUGUAACAAAA